AUGAUACCGAGCCUUUGGACAGCUUCAAUGCCCAUAGCGGAUGAAACUGUCACUAAUGGUAUUGAUGUUCUGGAUGAUGUAUCGGAGACCGAAGGCGUUGUGGGUGAUAGUAUAUCAUCAGAAGUCGUGUCAGAUAAUCGUUUCUUUUAA